GCAGCAGAAGCUACCCGAACAACGUUUAGUUUCCUCCUCACAGUGUUGGGAAAUGUCCUGRUUAACGUUGCGUUACCCCGUCACUUAUACACACGUUUAAAAAGUCACAAUGUUUUUAAUUAUCCUUGACAACUUUGUUCAGUUAAAUUUGCUCCCGAAAUCAAUAGAAGCUCAGAGUGUUAGCUUAGCCUAGAGUUAGCUUGACAGACAGUGUUUCUGAUGGAGUUUAGUGAAAACCUCAGAUGUUCAAAGCGUCGGAGAAACGACCGCUAACAGAGAUGGAAGAACCGACACACAGUGAGCAGAUGGACUCUCAGUUUGACGACGUGCAGAAGGUGUUGGUUUUAAAAGAGGAGCUUUCUGCUGAGGAGAAUUGGAGUCACAAACUGGAUGAGAAACUCCCACAAAUCAAAGAGGAACAGGAGGAGAAUGAGAUUACAGAGUUUAUAUUCAAUCCUGUGAAGAGUGAAGACAAUGAAGAGAAACCUCAGCUUCACUGCCAAUCUGAGAGGAACAGAGACUCUUCAGGUUCAGAAUCAGGUCAUGUAGAUUCUUCUGAGACGGACGUCAGCGAUGGAAACUGGGAGGAGAGCGGUGAAACUCCAUCUCAUUCAGACUCUUUAGGAAACAAUGCAUUUCCUGUAGGUGAGAAAGGCAAGCAGCUCCAUAGCUGCAGUGAAUGUGGGAAAACAUUUAGCCAAAAGUCGGAUUUGUUGAGACACAACAGAGUUCACACAGGAGAAAAACCCUUCAGCUGCUCCCUCUGCAACGCCUCUUUUACAUGGAAACAUGUGUUAGUGCAGCACCUGAGGACACACAGUGGAGAAAAACCAUUCAGUUGCGCUGUUUGUGGUCAGACAUUUAGAAAGAAAGAAACUUUAACUUACCACAUGAGGCGUCACAGUGACGAGAAACCUUUUCGUUGCUCUGUUUGUCUGCAAGCGUUCAGCAGGAAGGAGAGUGUAAAUCGGCACAUGACGUGUCACAGCGAGGACAAACCUUUCAGCUGCUCCAUCUGUGGACAAAAGUUCAAGAGAAAGGAAAGCAAAACCCGACAUAUGAGAUGUCAUUCGAAAGACGAGCUUUUCAGCUGCUCCGUCUGUCACAGGAACUUCCCAUCCAGGAGAACCUUGAAAGAACACGCCAAGAUCCACUCAGAGAACAGACCCUUCAGAUGUUCUGUCUGUGAUGCCACUUUUAAGAAAAAGAGAACGUUGUCAGAACACACAAGAAUCCACACGGGAGAAAAGCCUUGUAGCUGCAGGAUCUGCGGCCAAAGCCUCAGUUCCAAGUCAUAUCUAACUGUUCACAUGAGAAGUCACACAGGAGAAAAACCUUACAGCUGUUCAGUCUGCAAGGCCACUUUCAAAUGGAAAAAAACCUUUGUAAGACACUCAAGGGUCCAUUCAGGUCAAUAAUCUAGUCCUUCAGAAUUGUUUAUGUUGGCAGCAGCUUUAAUACAUGAAAAUACUUGAAGGAGUGUUAUUUCCGUAUACCUUAAAGGAAAUUCCCUCCCAAAAAUGAUCAUGUGAAGCACUUUGAAGUGGCUUGUUGCUAAAAUUUCCUAUUUAAAUAAACUUGACUUUAUUUAAGCAAAAUAACAACCCCAAACUUACCAGUAAGUGGUUCCAGGUGUUUCAGAUUCCAGAAGGUGAUCAAUUUUAUGUUAUACAGAUUUAAAUCAGUGAUCAGUUUUUUAUAUUAAUAUUUUUAAUGUCUUUAUUGAGAGCAAAGCAGAGCCAAAGUCAGUUCUUUGUUGGUGUGUGCAAGGUUGUUGAAUAAAGCUGAUCAUUAUUGUAAUGUAACUAAAUAUUUGCUCGGUUUAUCACAGAAAAGCUAAAUAUUGUAAAACUUCCAGAUUUUACAAUAAUUGUGAAGAAAAAUAUCGACUCAUGUUUAUCUCUCUUCCUGUGGACUGAGACGUUUUCUUCAUGUUUUGAUUUAGGACAUGCCGUUUUCCCAGUGAUUUGAGUGCUUGGAAAUGAAAGCAGUAUAAGAGUUUUAAAAAUGUAUUUAGAAAUAUCUCAUCUGCAGGCACACAGGACCUUUUGAGUCAAAUCGUCUUAUGAGUUUCUCAUUUCCUGCCAUUUUCAGGUUUGACCUUAAUGACUUCUUUUUUAACAACAUUGAAGGUCUAUACCAAUAACAGAUCCAACUUUCUUGGUUAAGUUUUUAAAAUAAGGUUUUACAGAGGCAACAUGUGUCAGAGAGCUAGCAACGUUACCUAGAUAUGUCCAAAGAACUUUGCUUCUUUUAGAAGAUAAGGAAAAAGUUUGGAUACAGAAUUUCCUGGGCUUCCUUUCCAAGUUCAACUAUUGUUAAAAGUGACAGGUAAAUAUAUUAAUCAGUCAAUGAUUUCCACCUGUUUGCUAUCACUUUGUCUUCUAGUACUCUAAAAUAAAUCAUGUAAUGCUGUGAUUUAAUGAGUAUAACAACUUUAGAAAAUAUGCUGUUAUUAUUAGAAUGUUUGAAAUUUCACCCAAUUCUGAUUAUCACUAUAUAAUCCUCAUUUUUGGUUAUGUAUUAGAGUUUUAAAUAACGCAUUAUUAACUCCAAUACCUGUACUGUCACUUUAAAAGGGCGCUUUGUUAUGACGUCAGUGAUCUCGGUUAGCGAUAGGCUGCCUGAGAAGAGAUGUCCAGCAAGUGUUGGUGAUCAAAGAGGAGCUGGUUGUUGAGGAGGACGACUGGAGUCCCAGUCCAGACCAGGAGGACC